CUGAUCAGCCGUUUGGCUCCCAGCUGGAACAAAGCAGGACUUUACCUGAUCUCAGGGGCAGACUUCCUGACCUGGCGGGGGACGCUCAGCGCCGUCAGUACGUCCUGCUUCCUGUUCCUCUGCAGCAUCAGGUUCUGCCGGCCCGCCAAAGCUGACGGUUCUGGUUCUGGUUCAGGUCUGGAGCUGAGCACCAGCGGCGGUCGGCUCUGCCUCAGCAUCGAAGCCAGCGCCGUGAGAACGCCACCACCCACGGUAGGAGGCCCUGAGGGGGGCAGUGGACCGACCGGAACCAGAACCUGAACCUGUCUGUGUCUCUGUCUCAGCUGGACGACCUCGGGCUGCCGGCGCCGGUCCUCCAGAGGUUCUGCAGCGACCCGGACUUCAUCCUGGACCCGUCCUCCACUGGGGGGCCCAUUUGGUGCCACGUCCUGCCCAGCAUGAAGAAGGGUCAGAUCAUCAGCAUCAGCCGCCAGCUGCCCAGAGACGGACCCUUCAGGACCUACGGGGACCUUCAGAGCCACUGGAACCGCCUGUACGGCUACCGGCUGCCGGACCUGCAGGGGGGCGAAGUCUACUGCAGCGUCUACUUCAGACCGGUGGGAGAGAAACUCUUCACUUACCCUCUCAGCUGCAUCCGCCUGCAGCCUGUGCAGCGCUGCCCCCGGGGCGACCUGCAGGGGGCGCUGGCCCGCUUCCUGGCCGACAGCAGAGAGCGGCUGCAGAGUGUGUGCGGCUUCCCGACCCGUCUGACCAGUAAACCCAGUUACCCCAUGGCCGGCCUGACCACCGCCGCCUCCAUGCAGGUUCUGAGUUCGGACCAGAUCAACCUGACCACCAGGCCGGUUCUGUCCCAGCCUGCACCCUCCUCCCGGCCGGACCCGCCCGCCUGGGUCCCCCUCUCCCAGCAGGGUGGCGCUCUUCCAGGAAGCAGAUCUGGGAACUCGCUGUGGCACCGUCCAGAGGACCGGUCCCCGUCGGCCCGGUCCCCGUCGGCCCGGUCCCCGUCGGCCCGGUCCCUGUCGGCCCGCCUGUCCUCCAGUCAGAACCAGCAGCAGUCAGAUCACUCCCUAUUUGUUUCCUCUUUCUUCCAACACUUCCAGCCGGCUUCAUCCCUCCCUCCUCUUCCUCAGCCCAGUCCGGUCCCAGUGAACCCGCCUCCUAAACUGGUUCCCAUCUUCAGGAAUAACGACCCGACCCGCCGGCUCAGCGUGGCUCUGCUGCGAGUCCAGAAGCAGCAGAGCGGAGGGACGGGGGACAAGCGCAGACUCACCCUUCCGCUUCCUGUUGGGUCACAAACCACCCCUUCCUCUUCCUCUUCCUCUGUUCCUCCUCCUCCUCUCAUCGUCCCUCGCUUCGCCCGCCGCCCUAAAAGCCGGAGCGCCGCCGUUCCCCAGCCGUCGGGUCAGUCCAGGGUCACCCGGAUCUCCAGCCUCAGCCCGGUGUUCAAGGCGAGAGCAGCCAUCAUCAUCCCACCCAGUAGAACCUCUGGGACGGUCCGACCCGAACGAGCCGCCGACUGCUUGAAGGCAGCACGACCCAAAAGCAUCAUGAAAACUAGCAGAGAGGCUGGCCCUGAAGGCAGCACAGAACCAGAACCAGCCCCGCCACAUACGGAGACCGCCGCCAGCAGCAGGAAGACGGUCGCCUUCCAGCUGAAAGAGAAACCCAACAAGUCCAGAGUUUCAGUGGAAGACGUGGAGAAAAUGGCCAGAAGCCACCAGGUGAGCUGGACCGACCCGGUUCUGGAGACCGACCCGGUUCUGCAGACCGACCCGGUUCUGGAGACCAACCUGGUUCUGCAGACCGACCUGGUUCUGCAGACCGACCCGGUUCUGCAGGAGAAACUGAUUUAAAAACCCAAACUAAAGAGCAGCUAAACCCCAAUCGGCUCUUAUUUUGGAGUCGGGUUGUGUAAACUGGACCUGAAAGGUUCUUUCCAGGUGUGAACUCUCACCAUAACAUUCGAGCUAACGUAGCUUAGCGCUUAGCUUUCCUGCUAACUUUGAAAACAUUUAGCGCAUUUAGCUCCAGUGAACUCUGCAUGUUUUAAACAUGGAGGCGUCCUCAGGGUGGAGUAUCGCGGCGUGGUGUAGUGAUGAACAGCGACAGGAAGGCCUCUGCUCUGAAGCAGCAGCGGCUACAGAAACACCUUAUUAAUCCCAAAGUUACACGCAGUGAUGGACGAUGCGGCGGCUCGCUGAACGUUAACGGCAUUAGGUUGUAUCGUGAUGUCAGAGCUGAUGUCACCCUGCCUGAUGACCUCAU